GCCAUGUCUGCGACCUUCCUCAGGGCGACCUCUGCCAUUCGGCCCCUUUCCCAAUCUGCGCGCUUCGGAGCCCGUCGGUUCGCGUCGACCGCACCCGAGACUCCCAAGAAGGCGUCGAAUGCGCCCCUCUACUUCGCCCUGGCCGGUCUGGCUGGCGCCGGCGCCUACUACACGCUCUACCGCGAGGACGCGGCGCCGGUCCCCAAGCAGGAGAAGAGCCCGCUCGACCCGGACAACUUCAUCGACUUCAAGCUGAAGAAGGUCAUCCCCUACAACCACAACACCUCCACCUUCGUCUUCGAGCUCCCGGACAACCAGUCCUCGAUGCUCCCCGUCGCGUCGUGCGUGGUCACAAAGUCGGACACGCUCCUGGACGACAAGGGCAAGCCCGUCAUCCGCCCGUACACCCCGAUCACGCCCUCGGACAAGCAGGGCGAGCUGUCGAUCCUGAUCAAGAAGUACGACACUGGCAAGAUGUCGAAGCACAUCUUUGAGAUGAAGGAGGGCGACAAGCUGGGUAUCAAGGGUCCCAUCAUGAAGAUCCCGUGGCAGAUCAACCAGUUCGAUGAGGUCGCCAUGAUUGCUGGCGGUAGCGGCAUCACCCCCAUGCAUCAGAUCCUCGAGUACGCGCUCAAGAACAAGGAGAACAAGACGCGCUUCACGCUCAUCUUCGCCAACGUCACCGAGAAGGACAUCCUCCUCAAGGAGCAGUUCGACGAGUGGGAGAAGAAGUACCCGAACACCUUCAAGGCCGUCUACACCCUCGACAAGCCGAGCGAGGGCUGGAAGGGUCCGACUGGCUACGUGAACGCGGAGCUCAUCAAGCAACACGUCGCGCCUGCGACUCUUGGCGAGAAGGUCAAGGUGCUUGUGUGCGGCCCGCCUGGUCAGGUAGCUUCGCUUGCUGGCAAGAAGGCCGGCUACGCGCAGGGCGAGCUUUCGGGCGUGUUGAAGGAGCUCAACUACACCCCCGAGCAGGUGUUCAAGUUCUAGUCGUACCUACCACGUAGAUAUGUAGCCGAGAAUCGAAGAAUCUGCACCUCGCCCCCUUCAAGGCCGCCCUUCGCGUUGCGUUGCAAGCAACGUAGGUACGGGCACUCGAGGCGCCGCGAGGACGAGCUAACCACGCGGCACCCGCACCGGCGCGUCGAGCAAGUCGCGCGGCCUACAACCCCCUUCGCUCGGCCUUCAACUCACAACGAGCAGCCCCCCAACUCACGACGCGAGACGCGCAUGCAAGCCCCACCCGCGGCGCGUCUUUGACCUACGAGACGAGGGCCCUCCGUCGAUCUACCGCACGCCAGGAUUCGCGGGGGCGGCCUUCUCCCUCCCCUUUUCGCCGCCUACACCCUUCCCCUGCCUACUACGCCCCCUCCCCCACCC